AAAUUUCAAUGGGCAAAACCCGUCAUUUUUUUGCGUCGUAUACUCAAGAAGCUAAAUUGUGCGAUGGAUAUCAAAGGCGAAAGUCGUGUUCGUUCUAUACCUGUUCCCAAGCGACAUGACUUGGGUGAAAAAUUUAGCGACUCUGAGUCAUUCCCAGAUGGAGGCUUGCGAGCAUGGCUCGUUGUUUUUGGCGCAUUUUUCGGUCUAUUUGUAUCCUUUGGUUGGACGAAUUGUGUUGGCAUUUUCCAAGAAUAUUACGAGACUCAUCAGCUUGCAUCAUUGUCGCCAGGUACGGUAUCUUGGAUUCCGUCAUUAUCCAUGUUUACGAUCUUUAUCGCGGGGCCUUUUGUAGGGCAUCUAUUUGACCAUUACGGUCCUAAGAUUCUCUUGCUUUUUGGCACUGCUAUCCACAUAUUCGGUCUCAUGAUGGCAUCCAUCUCUUCGAAAUAUUACCAAUUCAUUUUAUCUCAAUCAAUAUGCAGUCCAGUUGGAGCAGCCAUGGUUUUAUACCCGUCUUUUAGCUGUACUACAACAUGGUUUCAGAAGAAGCGCGCUUUGGCGAUGGGUAUUGUGGCCAGUGGAUCCAGCAUGGGCGGAGUCGUAAUGCCCAUCAUGGUAAAUCGACUCAUGCCUGUUAUCGGUUUCGGCUGGACGAUGCGAAUAUGUGCCUUUCUUAUGCUGGGGUUGCUUAUCAUAACGAACCUGACUGUUCAAUCACGCCUACGUCCACAGCCAAAAAACUACGAUGCUGGAGCCUUGAUAAAUUCAUUUAAAGACAUUCCAUUUCUAUUAACGGCCAUUGCUGGCUUUUUCUACUCAAUGGGCAUGUUUAUACCUAUCACCUUCUUAGUAACGUACGGAAGAAGCCUAGGCAUGUCGCCACAACUUGCUGGAUAUCUAGUCUCUAUGUUUAAUGGAGCAAGCGGUAUUGGUCGUAUUCUUCCAGGGUAUAUAGCCGACAAGGUGGGAAACUUCAAUGUAUCGCUUUGCGCCGCCUGCUUGUCUACCACUCUAGUAUUCGCUCUAUGGCUUCCUAGCCAUUCUAAUGCAGCUACCAUGGCUUUUGCUUCUCUAUUUGGAUUCAGCAGUGGAACUUAUACGGCAAUAAGUCCCGCAUUGGUGGCUCAGAUAUCAGAUAUACAUGAGAUUGGCCUGAGAUCUGGGACCAUGUAUGCUUUCAUGUCAGUCGCAGCAUUGACAGGAAGUCCUAUCGGAGGUGCUCUGAUUACGGCUGCAAAUGGGAGUUAUUGGAAAUUACAAAUCUUCACUGGGGUCAUGCUAGCCACGGGAAGUAUUUUUUACGGGGCCUCAAGAUUAUAUUUGGCAAAAGGCAAACUAUGGGCGAAAGCUUAAGCAUAUUUGAAGGUAAAUACAUUCACCAAUUGACUGAAUACGCUCUCCUCGUUCAUGUGGCACAUAUUUUGACUUAGCUAAAAACAGAACGGAAGGAGGGUCACUAUAAACAGAGAUACGACUGUCGAAUAGCUGUAGCCAAUGUUACUAGUGUUGC